AUGUUUUGGAGGAGGUGGGUUACCGAAGUGCUACCAGAAAUGAUACCACGCCAAAAGUGGACCCAAGAUAGUCAGAGACCUCUUCAGGUUGGUGACUUAGUGUUCAUCGCUGACCCUAAUGCUACCCGUAACAUUUGGCCGCGAGGUAUUAUAGAAGAGGUUUCUCCCGGUAAAGACUGUAGAGUGCGAGUGGAUCAAGUUCGAACGCAAUUGGGUAGUCUUAAGAGAUCUGUGGCUCGAGUCGCUAAAAUUCGUAUAGAAAUUUGA